AUGUCAGCUAUUGCAACAAGAAUCGUUGGAAAAUACAAUCUUAACCCAGGAAUGAGUGCAUCUGAUCUUAGUAAAUAUACUUCUGAGUUUCUCGAGAAUCUUACGGAUGAUAGAAAGCGGAAUCAGGCACGCAGACGCCUUCGGGAAGGAUUCAAAUUCAGUGAGGAACAGGCCUUAGUAAAAUCAGAAGAAACCAUCAAAGAGAUAGCACAACGGAUUUUACGAGAUAAACUUGGUGAAAAGGAUGUAAAGGCUGAAGCAAUAAAGUUAGCUAAGUCGGCUUUGAAUGAAGUUGCUGGGUCUUCUAGACUUUCCCGGCUUCGGAAAGAAUUACGAAAUCUUAAUGCUCCAUAUAAUAUAGUUGAAGCGACAAAAAUCUUUGAAAUUACAGAUAAGUCUAACAAAAUUCAAACAAGUCGACGAAAAAUUGCUGAGGAUUUUGAGAAAAUCGACUACCCAGAUCAUUUUACAUUAGAAUCGGUUAAAGAAAGGUUGGAUAAAUAUAACAUUAAGACACUGCCUGACUCACAAGCCCUUGCUGAUGUUAUGAUAAUGCUCUGUAUGCGUCCCGCUGAAGUUACUACUUUGCGUAUUACAGAUGCCGGUGUGACAGGCUUUGCGAAGAACAGGGGACAACCAGAUAUUCCUCGGAAAUUUAGAUCUAUGGAAAAGAAUCAAGAACGAGCCAAAGAAUUGCUAACCUGGAUACAGAACGCUAUAUCUUCUGGCCAAAUGGGUAAGCCAGGGGCUGUAUACGCUGUGGUGUACAAAAUUAUGUUGUGGUGA